AUGAUUUCUGAACAAGACAUACACAUUGGGCAGACUUUAUGCGUGCUGUGCAGACAAGCUGCAACUGUUGGGUCACAUGUUCUUGACUUAAAUCAGAAACUACGUACUGUCCCUGACUGUAGCAGUUCAUGCGCACGCUGUUCCCAGUCGCCAUGCCCCAUGGUCUGGUUUCAUGCAGCGUGCUACGACGUUCUACAGCAUAGCUACGAGCCCUCCAAGAAGCCUACUCCUGAAGAUCUAAGAAGGUUUGCUGAUGCAACCAGGCCCGUUUAUAAAUGCCAAUACAAGGAACAUAUGGAAACUAUGUCAGUUAUGGAAGGGCUCUUCAGCAAGUACACCAGAGAAAUUAUCCAAGACGGUUUUAAAGACUUGUUGGGGCAAUUACCGGUUGAAAUAAUAACUAUGAUCUCCGAUUUAAUUGCUCCAUGCUGGUACUUGACUGUACUUGGUGAGACACGUCGAUUGAUUGAACUUUUGAGAGAUAGAGAUGGAACCCAGAGUAAGCAGCUGAGUUUAAAACCAGAAAUGUGGAUGUCCAGAAUAAAAUACCGCGGAACCUCUUACGUGGCACAGCUCAGCGGCAAACCGCUCGAGUCAACAAGCGCUUCCGAACAAUGCCACAUCAAGCUACCUAGAAAUAUCAGCAAAAUCAUUCUGUCAGUCGACUGUAUCGGCAUACGUGGGAUACAAUUCAUUGAUCAUAAGUCGAAUCCCAUAUCGGAUGGGUCGCCAUGGUAUGAGAUUCUGGACGCGGGAGAUACUGAUUUGGAAGUCUAUGUGAGCUGUGAUGGCCUUUUCAUGAGAGGCAUUCAGCUCGCCUCAAGUAGUCUAUCUACGUAUAGGGCCUGGAGCUCUCCUUUCCCGCCCAAAUUUCACCCAUGGAAUUUCUACCAAGCCCGAUGUAAAUCUCGCUUGGACUAUUUGAAAUUCGAUUCCCACAUCCGAGGUCUCCUUGUCUGCUGUGCCAACGCUAAGACUGUUGGGAUCCACGGCUUCUCAGAUGUAUCGAAGGCGUUUACAGAGUUCAUCGAUUUGAUGAAUCGACGUACAAGUAACAGCUAUAAGCACUGGAUUUAUUUCCCGUUCAAUGGACACGAAUAUAUUAAAGCAGCUUGGAUCCGGAAGUUUAGGAUUUGCCGUGGGUCAGCCUCUGACCCUAUCUUGGUACUCCAAACUUCACUAGGGAGAACCAUUACAUUCGGACCUCAAUUCCCAGCUCAGCUUAUCGAUCAAUACGAAUAUCACCCUUUGGUCAGGGGUGGCGAUGGUGCUGUUUCGGGGAUUUUUCAUGAUGGAUUAGAUCCAGCCACAAAGUACAUUUCCGAAAUUGGAGUUACCUGCAAUAACCAAUAUGAUGUCGGGCCGCCGGAGUCUCCGCCUAUGGAUACACGCUUUGAACCGCCAGCAGUCCCUCCCGGUCGAGGCUCGAUAGCCAGUACUUGGUACAUGACAAAGGCGUCACUCAAAGGCCUUGUGAAGCUACAUGUAUGCAGGGAUAAAGAACAGCCACACUGUCCAUGUCUGGGUCUUCUGCUAUUUUACAGCGAUGAACAUAUUGAAUCGAUUGGACAGGUGCGAUGGGACCACGAUCUCAGUCAGGAGACUGUUAGGCCUAUGUAUAUCGAGAACGGUGUCGUUGAUGGACGAGAUUACAUCAAGGACAUCCGAAGUGGUAUAUAUGACACUGAGCUUAAUGUGGAAAGAAGUGGAUUUCAAAAGCUACCAGAGCAUGGAAUCAUCGUUUGGUGGUUUAGCCAGCUUGGUGACAGAAUAAUCACAUAUAAUAGCUAG